CGAUGUGCCGUCGAAAGAGUGGUUUCGUGCCGGUGGCGAUGAUGCUAACGCUGGUACUGUUCGACGCACUGCCACACCAGCUGAUGGCAAGUGAAAGUGCUGCCAGCCGGAAGUCCGCACCGAACCAAACGAAGGAGCUUAAUCGUAACAUUAUCAAUACGGUGUUUGAACGUACGAGGCCGACCGGAAGCGAAAGACGCGGCCGGGAGGUAACGAUACUGGGACUGUUUGAGUUGAGUUCGAAGGGAGGCGAGGAACGGCGGGAAGGAUUUAGUGAGUUGGCAGCUGCACAGCUGGCAGUGCAGCAUAUUAACCGGCGCGGCUUGCUAUUGGGCUAUAAGCUGAAGCUCAUCACAAACGACACGAAGUGUGAUCCGGGCGUUGGGAUUGAUCGAUUCUUUCACGCGCUGUAUACGCACCAGAGCAAGCGCAUCAUCAUGGUGCUCGGAUCGGCCUGUUCGGAAGUGACCGAAAGCCUUGCCAAAGUGGUCCCAUACUGGAACAUUCUACAGGUCUCCUUCGGUUCCACCUCGCCGGCACUCAGCGAUCGGAGGGAGUUCCCACUAUUCUAUCGAACCGUCGCUCCAGACUCCUCACACCAUCCAGCCCGUAUAGCGUUUCUGAUGCGUUUCGGCUGGGACACGGUGGCCACCUUUUCCCAGAACGAAGAAGGUUACUCGCUGGCGGUAAACGAUCUCGUGACGGAACUCGAGCGGGCAAACAUAACGUGUGCUGCCACCAUUUCCUUCGCCGAAACGGACUUUAAGGAACAGCUGAAGCUGCUGCGGGAUCGAGAUGUACGAGUGAUUAUCGGGAGCUUUUCGCAUGAAAUUGCCCCUCAAGUGUUCUGCGAGGUCUAUAAUCUUGGCAUGUACGGUGCAGAGUAUGCCUGGAUACUGCAGGAUACGUACAUCUCGUCCUGGUGGCUGUCGGAGCCGGAAUCAUCGGGCUCCUCAUUCUGCUCGUCCAAAGCACUUCUAACGGCAGUGGAGAACUUAAUAAUCGUCUCGAGCUACAACAGUAUCGUCGGUAUGGGUACGGCCCUGAGUGGAUUAACCAACGACAUCUUUCUACAGAAGCUCCGGGAAAUGAAUGUAACCGGCACGGUGUCACAGUUUGCUCCCCAAACGUACGAUGCCGUGUGGGCGAUGGCACUAGCUCUCCGUGGGGCGGAAAAGUCUUGGGCUCAGAUGGUGGCGAAUCGGGUCCAUCUGGCGGACUAUGAUUACACGCGGUACGAUAUCGCCAAGGAACUGCUGCGUCAGUUUGAUUUGCUCAAGUUUAACGGCAUCUCGGGACCGGUAUCGUUCGAGGGUGCGGACCGGAUUGGUACGACCUCGUUCCACCAGAUACAGCGUGGUCAGCUGGAGAUGAUUGCGUUUUACUAUCCGAAAAACUCGACGUUGGAUUUCGGCUGCCGGUACUGCGUGCCGAUUGUAUGGGCCGGUGGACAGGUACCGAUUGCGAAGCGAAUUUUAAAGCUGCGCGUUGAUACGAUCGAUCCGUUGGCGUUCUAUACGGUGGUGAUCCUUUCGCUGAUAGGGAUCGGGAUUUCGGUACUAUUUCUCGGGUUGAACCUGCGGUUCCGGAAGUUAAAAGCAAUCAAGCUGUCCAGCCCAAAGCUUAGCACCAUAACCGUGUGUGGCUGUAUUCUCGUGUACACAGCAACGAUUCUUCUAGGGCUAGACCACUCCACAGUGCCCUGGUCGAGUGUUACCUUCUCAACGAUCUGUAUGGCACGCAUAUACUUCCUAUCGGCCGGCUUCUCGCUCGCAUUCGGCUCAAUGUUUGCCAAAACGUUUCGUGUGUAUCGCAUCUUCACGCACAGUGCUGGUGGACUGUGUCGGGACAAGAUACUGCGGGAUACGCAGCUAAUCUCCGUAAUCGGUGCGCUUCUCCUGGUGGAUGCAUUCGUAGUAUCGUUCUGGAUGGCAGCCGACCCAAUGGAGCGCCAUCUGCACAAUCUCUCGCUCGAGAUCAGUGCCACCGAUCGAAGUGUUGUGUUUCUGCCACAGGUGGAACUGUGUCGCUCGCGGCACUAUGAAAGCUGGCUAGGGAUGCUGUAUGCGUACAAAGGUUUGCUACUGAUCGUCGGCGUGUAUAUGGCGUGGCAGACGCGCAAUGUGAAGAUAUCGGCACUGAACGAUUCGCAGUACAUUGGUAUCUCGGUUUACAGUGUGGUGAUUACGAGUGCUAGUGUGGUGGUGUUGGCCAACUUGCUGUACGAAAAGGUAACAUUGGCGUUUAUCAUAACCGCCGGAUUUGUGUUGGUAUCAACGACGGCCACACUGUGCUUACUGUUUCUGCCCAAGAUAAAGGAUAUAUUCGAGAAGGGUGAAGUGUACGAUCCGAUUAUCCACAGCAUGGGACUGAAGAUGGAAUUUAACACACGUCGGUUCGUGCUGGAUGAUCGUCGCGAGCUUCAGUUUCGUGUUGAGGUACAGAAUCGUGUGUAUCGGAAGGAGCUAGAACUGCUUGAUGCGGAAAUCUGUCGCUUGGAGCGAUUACUUCAAGAACGAACGCCACAAAACUCACCACGCUCGUCGGAGCCUAAUCUACGAGAGUCGCGGUCUUGUUCGCUUGCUCGAGCACACGGUUCGAGUGGUCUUCCGAUGCUGCUACUCUCGGUACUACCACCAAUAAUCCCACGUGCUAGUUGGCCUUCAGUUGAUCCGAUGCUAUCACCCAUGAAGCGUAACAUUGCCUUCAGUUCCCAACCAAAGAUAGAUCCAGCUACGACGGUAGCCGGCGGUAAUAGUAAAGAACGCAUCAUUACCAGCUCUAGUCGAAGUGGUGGCUUUGAUGAGCCACCAUCAAUCCCCACACCGAACGGCGCAGGUGGUUCCGGUGUGAUGGGAAAGAUUCGGCACAUGUUUACUCCGCGUUUACAUAAAACACCUUCAGCGACCAUGCUUGGAACAGCGGGAUCGUCCACUACCACCGCUAUCCGUAAAUCGGCUCUAGCGAUUUUCAAUGAGAUCGACACAGAAGACGAUCUACCGUUCACCGUACCACAGUCAAUCUACACGAUCAGCAAACCGAAAAGUGAAGAGCUUAAUCUGACCGGUUCAGAGCCAAGGGUUAACUUCGUGCUACCACCGGGAACGGGCAGACGACGCUCGUCGAUCGUUCAACAGGGUGGUGUUGGUGGAACGGUCCGUGAUCGUAUCCGGGGAUCACCACGCUUCCCGCAUCGUAUCUGUCCCCAGACAACGAGCCUUACGGAACUGGGAAUCGAGCGGCCACGGAUAAGCUUUCUCACGGUGAAAAGCUGUGAACAGAUCCAUGGUAAGCAGUGCGAAUCGCGUGCCAAAUGGAAAUCGAUGGAUUCUUUCUCCAAGAGCAUCGGCUCACAAUAACGUAAGCAAGCA